AUGAGCCUCGUACUACCGGAGAAGCGCCUGUGCCGCGCGCAGCCUGAUUCGGGGUUGCCGCCAUCGCAGCUGCUCCUCCUCCCCACGUCCGUGCAAUGGCGAAUCCUGGACCUCCUAGACGCUCGCUCGCUCGUUUGCCUCUCGGGCUCGUGCCGCGAGCUACGGACCGCCGUCUCCGCCUCCGCUGAUCCGCAAGCCGCGCUUCGAUGGCGCCGCCUGUGUCAGGCAAAGCUUGGUCCGUGCCUGGGCGCGCUGCACGAGGCGUUCGCGCGCCACCAGAUGCGCCAGCGCCUGAAGUCCUCGCCGACCUCUUCGCUCCCCCCGGUCGACCAUCCGCGCCUGAAGCCCCAGCAACCCCAGUCGGCGCUCGAACACGGCGAGAAUCCGCAUUUUCAGGGGGAGAAUCGGAGUCAGCCCGAGCAGACGCCGGGACCGCCAGCGCAACAGGGUCAACUGCAGGAGCAGCCGCAGUCACAGCAGCAGCAGCAGCAGCAACAGCAGCAGCAGAAACAGGCGCAGUCACUGCUGCAGCAGCAGCAGCAGCAGCAGCAAGAGCAGCAGGAGGAGGAGGAGCGGGCGAGCAGCAGCGACAGCGCCUGGCAAAUGGCGUGGCAUUGGAGCUGGGAACCACCCCCGCAACUUCCUGACCUCGCCACUCUCCCUACCCGUGACCCCGCCCGCACCAGAAGAUCAACGUGCGGCUCGGUGGGAAAGCGGCCGUUUCGGCGAUCGGCGGGGCUGCGGUCGCGGUCGGGGGAGCUGUCGCUUGCGCCGAUGGCUGCGGCAGCGGUGGCGGAGGGAUACGGCGAGACGUGGUUCUGGCAGCGGCUGUUCGGCGCUGCUGUGCGCCCGCGCGACGUGCAGUGGUGGCCGGAAGGGGGGAACGCAUUGCGCCAGAGCCUCAUAUCGUCGUGGCGCGCGGAGCGCGCUAAAUCGGGAGGCGCAGUCCCCUCCGCGGGGCUACAGACAGCGCAGCUGCUGCCGCUGUGUCGGCAGGCGGACAUGGGCAUGCGCGCGGGUGCAGGCGGAAGCGCGGGCGCGGGGAACGGGAAGGGGGGCGGGGGGGACGCGGAAUGGCCAGCAUAUGACGAGUCAGCGGCGGCUGCGCUGGAGAUGCUCGAGCGCACAGGGCACUCCGCCACUCAGGUAGGGCAGGCGGGGUGGGGGAGGGGGAUGCGGGGGAGACGCGGGGUUCGCCCAGCGGAGGUGGUUGGAGAUUACCAGCGGAGAUGCUAUGUGGGCGAGCUGCUGGUGGUGGUCGGGGGAUUGAGUCGGCAGGGACAGGCGACAAUAGACGUGCUCGUCUUCCACCUCGCCUCGCUCGCUGCCUGGCGCCCUGCCGUGCACACAUGGGGGGGAGACGCGCUGCCCCGCCGCCGCUUCCGCCACACCGCUGCGCUCAUUCACCCGCCUGCUGCGCUCAGAGCGGGGGGGUUUGCACAGGAGGAUGAUCCGAUUCUGUUCAUGUUCGGCGGAUAUGAUUUGGAGGGCAACGUGCAUGGCAUGGAGGAGGCCUUCUUCCUCUGCCUCUCUGACGCAGGAGCCACUGCCACGUGGCGCCGUGCGCACACCAGAGGCACCAUGCCCUCAGCGCGCUUCCACCAUGCCAUGGCUGCCUAUGCUAACGGAUCCAAAGUGCUCGUCUACGGAGGCGAAGGACUGGCAGUCAAUGACUGGGACGUGGUGGGAGGAGCGCGACAGGAGGGCACGCUGGCACAAGGGGAAGUUGGAAGAGAGCACCCAGAGCAGGGCAGAGCUGAUGAUGGUAACGAGAGCAGCGAGGGGAGGAAUACCCGGAGGAGUGAGGGGGAGGACGAGGGGAUGAGUGGGUGGGGGAGUGAGAGUAGUGUGGGCGGUGAACAGGGCAAUGGGAGGGCAAGGAGGCCAGCCAGCGAGGAGGCUCAUGGGGAAGGCGGGCAUGGGGAGGGUGGGCGUGCGCUGGUGGUGUACGUGCUGGAUGUGAGCAGUAUGACAUGGUCGCGCGUGCCCACGCAUGGGGUGUGCCCUGGUGUGCGCAUCCUGCACUUCGCCACCACCUACACCUGCGGUGGUUCUGGCAUUGAGCAUAUGGUCAUCUUCGGCGGGUACAGGGACGAUAGCACCAACCUGGAGACCAUGCAGCCCUAUGCUCUCAACCUUGCCUCCAUGGAGUGGCGUCGUGCCCGCUCCUCCGCCCCCACGCCUGCCCAUCUCCCGGAGUCAAACCGCGCUGCAGCAUACCAGCCUAUCGCUCGCAACCGCAGCGGCCUUACCAAGGUGGGGAACGACACGUUGCUGCUGACAGAGGGCACCAUCUAUGACACCCGCAGCUACCUCCGCGAUGUGCACGCCCUGCACCUGCCCUCCCUCUUCUGGUCGCCUGUGAGGGCACAUGGGCAGCCAACAGCGGGCCCCAGUGGAGGCCUCACAGCAGAAGGGCUCAUCGCCUAUGGCGGCUGUGUGCUAGGCACGUUGGGCAUUCAACCAGUGGCGAGGGUGGAUCCCCUGAUCAUCGGCUCAUGGGGUGCACUGUCCCCACCGCAGCCCCAGCCUCCCCCCGCGCGCACCUGCUGCCGGCCCUGGCUGCGCCUCUCUGCUGGCCUCUCGCUGCUGCCGCUUCAGCCCAUUGAACUUGUCUACUCCUCCACCUCCCCACCCGACUCUGCUGCUGCUGCUGCGAUGGAGAAAGCUACCGUGGCCCAUGGAACAGGAGGGGCUAGCAAAGGGGGUUCAGCUGACAGGAGUGAUUUGCUUGGCAGCCCCAGUGAGGAGGACUGUUCUGCGCCUGCGGUAGGCCAAGGUGGGAUGGCCGUGCAGCGUGUGGGCGUGGAAAUGUGUGUGUGCUGUGCGCUGUUCUACUCCUUGCCUUGCCUCUCAUGUGCUGGUUGUGAUAGAUUCCCCGGUGUUCUUCUCGUCCUCCUUCCGGCCCCCCCUUGUGCGUUUCCAGUCCCCCCUGCACCGUCAGGUGUAGACGAUCUCUCCAUGUGGACUCUUCGCUGUGGUGACUCACCAACAGCAGCAACAGCAGGGGCAGUACCAGCAGCAACGGCAGGGGCAGUAUUAGCAGCAACAGCAGGGGCAGCAGAUGCUUCUGUGCUAUUCCAAGCAAGUGCUCGUGCGGAGCAGGAUCAUACGCACAUACCGUCGCCCCUGUGCCACACUGCCUUCCGCCUCCCGCAUCUCAAUACCGCGCUCCUGCCCUCCUCUUCCCUUCUUCCCCUGCACAUGUCUCCCGCAUCAUCCCCUUCUGCAACCCCGCCUACUGCUCUCCCUACCGAUGCUGCCUCCGUACAUGCUCCUGCUGCCCCUGCUGCGGAUGCUGUUGCCUCUUCGUCUCCUCCUUGCCCUUUGUUUGCCAAAACGUCUGCGAGUCAACCGCCAGACGCAUCAACAACGGCGGUGGCGGCAGCAGUUGCUGAACUUGACCCUCUAAAGCUGCUUCUUCCAACCCCUGCUUCUGCUCACACACACAUAUCACUGCCUUUUGCGGUGUCUCUCUCCCCUCCUCUCCUUUCACUUUCGGAGGAAAGAGGAGGGGAAGGGAGGCCAGGAGGAGGAGGAAGAGGCGGAGUGGGGGCGGGAAUGAGUAUUUUGUUAGCAGCACCAGAGGAAGAGGGAGCAGAGGCAGGUGCUUGUGCUACAGCGACCGGCUCAUCUGCCUCCGCGGCUGCAGCAACAGCAACAGCAGCAGCAGCAGCAGCAGCAGCAGCAGCAGCAGCAGCAGCAGCAGCAGCAGCAGCAGCAGCAGCGGUGGGAGAUGUAGCGUCUGCGGCAGAAGCAGCAGAGGCGGCGGCACAGGCAGUGGCAGCGGUGGCGGCUGCGUGUGUGAACAUUGCGCUCAUGGUGCGCGAUGUGCGGCAAUCUCUGAUCAUGCGCAGGGGAGGGGUGGGGAACGAGGAGGGCGAUGCUGCUGGUAAGCACCUGUAG